AUGGAUUUCCUCCGCGCAUGUGUCCUGUGCGUCGCCGUCUUCCUCGGCUUGACCGAGGCUUUGACGCAUCGGGAUAUGAAGGAGGCGCUUCUGCGCCAACUGGGCCUGGACGAGGUUCCGAAGAUCCACAAGAGGGAUUUGGAGAACUUGGUGGUCCCGGCUCAUGUUCGAAAUAAGUACUCGUCCAUGCUGAAGAUGCACCACCGCAGGAGACGCCGGUCUCUGCCGAGCCUGGCCGGCAUUUUGAGGGGAAUCCCCGGCACCGCUGACAUUUCCGGCGAGUACGUGUACUCCGACGCCACUCGGCAUCGCGUGCUGUUCGACAUGGAGGCGAGGAUCCCGGAGAACAGCGAGGUGACCAUGGCCGAGCUCAAACUCUACCAAAGGGCGUCGUUCCACAAACGCCUCGCGGCGGAGAGGAAGAGCCACCGGCCCGUCGGCAACGCCAGAGUCAGCGUGUACUGGGUCGAGGGGCUUCCGAACGGAUCCAACCGCACCUCGCUGGUGGACUCGCGGUUGAUCCCCGUUCGUGAAACGGGCUGGAAGAGCUUUGAUGUGACCCAGGCCGUGCACUAUUGGUCCAAGACUCCGCAGAAGACGCCCACGAUGCACCUGGAGGUGUGGAUCGAGGGCGAGAGACCUGGCAGCUACGCUGCGGAGGUGGCCAAAAGUGUGCGCUUUACCACCCAGGAGCAGACGGACAACACCUUGGGCAAACCCGAGCUCGUCCUCUACACACUCAACCUCGAAGAAUACGGCUCCCGUGGCGACUGUGACAUCAGCCAGAGCAAAGGCACCUGUUGCAGGGAGCAGUACUUCAUCGACUUCCGCGCCCUCACAUGGACGCAGUACUGGAUCAUCGAGCCAGCGGGGUACCAGGCCUUCAGGUGCACCGGAGGCUGCAGGCAGCCCAAGCGGAACUACGGCUACGGGGAGAGGCGGUGCACGGUGUCGGAAAGCGCACCCUUGCCCAUCAUGUACCUGGUAAAGAAGGGCGACUACACUGAGAUUGAAGUGGCGGAGUUUCCCAACAUGAUCGUGGAGAGGUGCGCGUGCACCAUGGACAAUGUCUCCAUUGUGUGA